CAUCUCCAACAUCAACAACAUCAUCUCAACAUAUAAAACCCCCCAAAUCAACCCAAACCUUUCACCUGAAAAAAACUCUAAUCUUAACUAAACCACGAACCCACCAUGGCACCAAUUCGCACAGCCAUCGUCGGCCUCUCAUCCUCCGCCAAAACAUCAUGGGCUUCCAACACCCAUCUCCAAUAUCUAACCUCGCCCCUCGGCCGCUCAAAAUACAAGAUCGUCGCCCUCCAAAACUCUUCCACGCAAGCCGCUAAGAACGCUAUAUCUCACUACAAUCUUCCCCCUGAGACUAAAGCCUAUGGUACGCCGGAAGAUUUAGCCGCUGAUAAAGACGUCGAGUUAGUCGUUGUAGCUACGCGUGUUGAUGUUCAUCAUUCAAGUGCUCUCCCGAGUGUUAAAGCUGGAAAGGAUUUAUAUGUGGAGUGGCCGCUUGCACAAGAUGUUAAGCAUGCAAGAGAACUUGUUGAUGCGGCGAGGGAGAAGGGGGUGAAGACGAUUGUUGGAUUGCAGGGACGGUAUGCGCCGCCGAUAAAGAAGUUGAGGGAGAUUGUCAAAGAGGGAAGAAUUGGGAGAGUUGUUAGUGCAGAGUUGUAUGCAUCUGGAGGAACGAAUGAUAGGGAGAUACUGCCCGCGAGCUUGGAGUAUUUCACUCAACGAGCUGUUGGGGGUAAUAUCUUUACCAUUGGUCUUGGACACAUCUUUGAUCAGUUCCAGUACAUCAUCGGAGAUAUCACCAACUUCAAAAGCACCCUUCACAACCAACGCCCCAACAUCCGCAUCCGCGAUCCCAAAACCAACGAAAUCAUCCGCACAACAACCUCCAAGGUGCCGGACCUUAUUCUCGCAACAGGUCGACUCUCCGAAUCCCCCACCGCCCAAAAAGACGCCGCCGUCCUCGUCCGCUUCCGCCGCGGUCAACCCUUCCCCGGUUCGCCUCACCUCAGUAUAACCAUCACUGGUGAAAAGGGCGAGAUCAGAGUGCAAGUCUUUACCGGUACAACACUCCAUGGAGCUUCGGCGUAUGAGAAACCUGUUGUUAUUGAAGUUCAUGAUUUUGAGAAGGAUGUUGUUGAGCAUGUUGAGUGGAAGUGGGAGGAGUGGCAGCAGGAUAUUCCGCUGCUGGCGAGGGGUGUUGCAGCUGUUUAUGAGGCGUUUGCGAAGGGGGAGGAGUACGGGUUAGUUAGUUUUGAGGAGGCGUUGAAGAGGCAUGAGCAGCUUGAGGGGUUGCUUGGGCAGUGGGAUGAGGACAGGGCUGAGUGAUGAGGGCGAUUGAGUUGUGACUUGUAAAGAUGUCAUCAUUUCAUUCAGCAUUCAUGCUGUAGCAAUUGGUCAGGCAUUGUGGUAUAAUGUCUAAGUUGUGAGCUAAAUGUGUUAUUUGCAGUUGAGACCUGUGGCUGAGAGCAUAUAUUCACCACGCAGAACUUAGUCAUCAUUUCAUGGCAUAAAGGAC